AUGAGGCUGUGGCACACCGUCAGUAGUGCCGUGGCAAUUGCAUGCCUAGCAACUCAUUCCACGGCUCAAGAGUGGCCUUUACAUGACAAUGGUUUGAACCAGAUCGUCCAAUGGGACCAUUACAGCGUGAUUGUCAACGGAGAGAGACUGUUCCUUUGGUCGGGCGAAUUGCACCUGUGGCGCAUCCCUGUUCCUGAACUGUGGCGAGACAUCCUCGAGAAAGUCAAGGCAGCUGGCUUCAACGGGAUUGGACUUUACGAACAUUGGGGCUGGCAUGCCCCAAACAAUGAGACGUUGGAUUUUGAAACAGGGGCUCAUAACUUUGCUCAAGCCUUUGAAAUUGCCAAGGAGAUUGGUCUUUACAUCAUCUACAGACCCGGUCCGUACAGCAACGCCGAAGCAAAUGGAGGAGGCUUCCCAGGCUGGCUAACUACUGGGGAGUAUGGCCCCCUGCGCGACGACAGCGAGAAGUACGCCAGUGCUUGGACACGAUAUUCUGGAGCUGUUGCGGAGUAUGUACGUCCAUAUCUCAUCACUAACGGAGGACCCAUUAUCAUGUGGCAGAUCGAAAAUGAAUAUGGCCUCCAGUGGCUCGAUCCUGACCUGAAGACGCCCAAUCACACUGCCAUCAACUACAUGGAGCUACUUGAACAGAAACACAGAGAAUGGGAUAUUGAUAUCCCCUUCACUGCCAACAACCCCAAUAUGGGGACGCGAUCCUGGUCAAAGGAUUACGGUAGCGUGGGUGGUGAGGUCGACGUGUAUGGCCUCGACCAUUAUCCGGCGUGCUGGACGUGCAAUUUGGCGCAAUGCCUUUCAGUCAAUGGGCAGGUUGAGCCAUACACCGUAUUUGACUACUACACGCACUUUAAUGAGGUGUCGCGGACUCAACCUUCGUUUCUCAUGGAGUUUCAGGGAGGCUCGUUCAACCCCUGGGAUGGGCCCGAGGGCGGGUGUAAAGAUAAUAUGGGGCCUGGUUGGGUGAACCUUUUCUUCCGUCACAACCUGGCACAGAAGGUGACAGCUGUCAAUAUCUACAUGCUCUAUGGUGGAACCAAUUGGGGUAAUAUCGGCUUCCCUGAGGUCGGCACCAGCUAUGACUACUCGGCGCCCAUUCACGAGACACGUUUGAUUGGCGACAAGUACAACGAAGCCAAGCUCUUUGGUCUUUUCAUGCGCGUCGCUCGCGAUUUCUCUAAGGUGGAACGAGUGGGGAACAAUACCAAUUAUGCUACUGACAAGGAUAUCUUUACGACUGAACUCCGCAAUCCAGAUACUGGUGCUGCCUUCUAUGUCACCCGCCAUGAGUACUCUCCUUCUACAGAGAUCACCAGAUUUCGACUGCAUGUUACCACCGAUAUUGGUAACCUCACAAUCCCAACUAAAGGAUCCAUUACUAUCAAUGGAACGGAGUCUAAAGUCCUGGUCACAGACUUCUUCAUCGGUUCCUCCGGGAAGAAAGUCACUUAUACGACCCUAGAGAUCCUCACAGUCGUUGACCUGGAAGACCGUCAAGUGGUUAUAUUCUGGGCCCCGGAUGGCGAGGACGGCGAGUUUUUGCUUAAAGACGCAAAGUCGGGCAAAGUUAUGAGCGGAAAUGCCGAUAACAAGACGCUAAGCAUGACUCGACAUGGUGUUCUGACGAAUGUUGCCGUAGGUAAUGAAAAGACGGUUAUCGAAUAUGACCAUGACGUUCAAGCGGUGGUGGUAGAUCGACAGUCUGCUUACAAAUUCUGGGCUCCUACUUUGAACAAUAACCCACUUGCGUGGGAGAACUCUACCGUUCUUGUUCACGGACCCUAUCUCGUGCGUACGGCUGAGAUCGAGGGCAAUACCGUCUACGUCACGGGAGAUUGGGACGAAGAAACUGAUAUCGAGAUCUGGGCUCCGAAGAACGUGAAAAAUGUUUCAUUUAACGGCUCGAAGCUGAAGAUCACGAAGUCUAAAUAUGGAACCCUAGUUGGGACGUUGCCUGCUCCCGAAGUUACGGCGGAUAGCCUUAUCACAGAGCUGCCGCCCCUUACCAACUGGAAGGUGGCAGACAACCUCCCCGAGAGGUUGGUGGAUUAUGACGACUCCAAAUGGACCAAUGCAAACCACAUGACAACUCCCCAUUUCGUUCCUCCCGAUACCUACCCCGUUCUGUUUGCUGACGAAUAUGGCUAUCAAGCGGGUAACAUUCUCUGGCGAGGCAGAUUCAAGGCUUCAGACGAGAGCAUGCCCUCUGGUGCUUAUCUUCGAGUCAUUGGCGGUCUUGCCAGCGGCUUUUCCGCGUAUGUCAAUGGCGAAUUCCUUGGGGCUUGGCUCGGUUCAAUGGCCAACAAAACGGGGGAACUCGAAGUAUCUUUUAAGGACGUCAAGCUCAAUACAGGGGGUGAUAAUGUACUAUUUGUUAUUCAGGACACGAUGGGCAAGGAGCAGCGUGAGGCCGCGCCAGACCCACGAGGCAUUCUCAAUGCCACACUGAUUGCUGCAGAUGGCUCGGCUACCAAUUUCACCUUAUGGAAAGUGGCCGGAAACGCUGGUGGAAACCAUCUGCUUGAGCCAGUACGUGGCACGUACAACGAAGGCGGUCUCCAUGCAGAGCGCCUUGGCUGGCAUCUCCCUGGCUUUGAUGACAACGAUUGGGAGUCAGGAGCCCCUGUGGAUGGAUUCACUGGCGCUGAUGCGCGCUUCUACCGCACCGUUGUACCGUUGAAUAUUCCACAAGGCUAUGACGUUAGCUUGGCUUUCCAGCUAAGCACUGAGAAGAAGGCAAAGCUACGGGCUCAACUAUACGUCAACGGGUAUCAAUUUGCAAAAACCUUGCCCUUCAUUUCGAACGAGACAACUUUCCCGGUAUUUCCUGGAAUCCUUCACUAUAAUGGUAACAAUACUAUCGGACUCAGCGUGUGGACGAUGGAUGAAGCUGGAGGACAGGUUGAUGUAGCUUGGAAAGUGAUGGGUGUACAUCGAUCGGCCUUUGAUCCUCUCUUUGAUGGCGAAUACCUUCGACCUGGAUGGAAGGAUCGCUCACGAUAUGCCUGA